AUGGCGCCUUAUCUGCUUCUACUGGGUGCUACCACCCUGACUGUGUCUGCCCUGGACACUGCCGACCUGGAGGAGCGAUGUGGCCACACGUGGCGCGGAGACGGGCUGCUGCUGCGCUCCCACGCCGCGUCCCGCCGCUUCUACUUCGUGGCCCCAGACACGGACUGCUGGCUGUGGAUGCAGGCAGCCACCCCAGAGGAUAGGAUUCGCUUCCAGUUCCACUUCUUCCUGGUCUACAGCCUGAUGAAGCCCGGGGCCUGGGAGCCCCCAGCGCCCGCGGAUCCCUGCGCCCCCGGCUCUUACCUGCAGUUUUACGAGGGUCACCCAGGGGCACCUCGCCUCCUGGGGACCCCGCUGUGCGGCCUGACCAUCCCCGCCCCGGUGACCUCCUCUGGCCCCUUCCUUGGCUUGCGCCUGGUCACCAGAGGCCGCCAGCCCCGCGUGGACUUCGUGGGUGCCAUCACCUCUUUCCGUCUGGGGUCUUGCGGCCCCUACUUCCGCUGUCGGAACGGGAGGUGCAUCCCUCCGAGCCUGCUGUGUGAUGUGUGGGACGUGGACAACUGUGGCGAUGGCAGUGACCAGGACCCCUGGCCGCCAGCCAGCUGUAGAGGUCCUUCUGUGACAUCCAACCAGACCGGAAGCAUGGCAGACGCCACCUCCGGGCCCCAGCAGCCUCUCUCCCAGACCACGAGGACAGCCAUCCCCAUCCACACUGCAGCCGGGAGCAGCCCCCUGGCCGGCCGGGACACCACUCAGCAGGACAUGGCUUUGCAAGGCCCCUGGCUCUCGGGUGUGGUUCUGGCCUCCUUGCUGCUCCUGGCCUCUGUGGGUCUCCUCACUGGCCUCCUUUGCUGCUGCUGCUCCCCGGGCGGAGCAGCCUGGGCCCCUGGGGCCCUUGGCCUCUGCCUCAGAGGUGGCACAGCCUGCCACAUCUGCUCCCGCUGUCCUGGCCGGGUCACCCCUGGGAGGAUGCAGCCACACCAGCCGACCUCCCAGCACCGGGGAGACCGUCCCUAG